AGAUAAACAGUUUAGAAGCCUACCGGAGGUUUUCGCCGUCGUUUUCAGCUCUCGCAACCAUGAUAAUUACAGAGAAGAACCGCCGAGAGAUCUCCAAGUACCUUUUCCAAGAAGGAGUUUGCUUUGCGAAAAAGGACUACAACUUGGCGAAACACCCUGAAAUCGAUGUCCCGAACUUACAGGUGAUAAAGCUGAUGCAGAGCUUCAAAUCCAAAGAAUACGUUCGCGAGACCUUCGCUUGGAUGCACUACUAUUGGUAUUUAACCAAUGACGGCAUUGAGUUCCUCAGAACUUACCUCAAUUUGCCUUCCGAAAUUGUCCCUGCCACUUUGAAGAAAUCCCCCCGGCCACUCGGUCGCCCCAUGGGUGGCCCACCUGGUGAUCGCCCCCGUGGACCGCCGCGGUUUGAAGGAGAUAGGCCGAGGUUUGGUGAUCGGGAUGGAUACCGUGGAGGUCCCCGAGGAGGGCCGCCGGGUGAGUUUGGUGACAAGGGUGGAGCUCCUGCUGACUACCAGCCUGCAUUUAGGAUAAACAGUUUAGAAGCCUACCGGAGGUUUUCGCCGUCGUUUUCAGCUCUCGCAACCAUGAUAAUUACAGAGAAGAACCGCCGAGAGAUCUCCAAGUACCUUUUCCAAGAAGGAGUUUGCUUUGCGAAAAAGGACUACAACUUGGCGAAACACCCUGAAAUCGAUGUCCCGAACUUACAGGUGAUAAAGCUGAUGCAGAGCUUCAAAUCCAAAGAAUACGUUCGCGAGACCUUCGCUUGGAUGCACUACUAUUGGUAUUUAACCAAUGACGGCAUUGAGUUCCUCAGAACUUACCUCAAUUUGCCUUCCGAAAUUGUCCCUGCCACUUUGAAGAAAUCCCCCCGGCCACUCGGUCGCCCCAUGGGUGGCCCACCUGGUGAUCGCCCCCGUGGACCGCCGCGGUUUGAAGGAGAUAGGCCGAGGUUUGGUGAUCGGGAUGGAUACCGUGGAGGUCCCCGAGGAGGGCCGCCGGGUGAGUUUGGUGACAAGGGUGGAGCUCCUGCUGACUACCAGCCUGCAUUUAGGGGUUCUGGUGGAAGAGGUGGCUUUGGUCGUGGAGCCGGUGGCUAUGGUGCAGGGACAACUAGCUCGGAUAUGCCCUGAGUGCUGUUUCCUAGCAUCUCAAAGUUUUGAAUUGGUGGAUAGGGGUACGAGACUUGAGCAGGAUAAUUAUGUUUUAUUGCGUUUGUGGAUCAGUUAUCUGAUAGCUAUAUGAUACAAGAGUGUGUCGAGGAGACUGCUUUAAUAUUUUUAUUUUCUAUGUUAUUAGUGUAUCAGGAAAAACCAAAACUGUUUAUCGAGCAUAUCCUAAUGUCUGUUGCCUUGAAAACACUCAAGGAAAGAAUGAUUUAUAUUAUCAUGCUGUCAAGUGGUGAAGCUGAUGUGUUUAUGACAAUUCCUUUGCCACUUAUUAUCUGAUAUGAACUCAAAUACUAAUCUAGCCCCUUAAAAGGGUAAGAUUUAAAGUACAACUAAAAUUCUA